GGAUCCUCUGGGAAGCCUCAACAACCUCAUGAUGCUGACGAGGCAGAGAAGAGUCGCUCCAGAUCAGAACACCUCAAGAAACACCAGCAGAGAUCCACAGGGAAGAGAACUCACUGCUGCUCUGACAGUGGGAAGAGAUUCACCUCCUCAGCAGGCAUUACAAUUCAUCAGAGAAUCCACACAGGAGAGAAAGCUUAUAUCUGUGAUCAAUGUGGGAAGAGAUUCACUUCCUCAUCAGGCAUUAGAAUUCAUCAGAGAAUCCACACAGGAGAGAAAUCUUUUAGCUGUACUCAGUGUGGGAUGAGUUUUACUCAGUCAACCCACCAGAGAACACACACAGGAGAAAAAUCUUAUAGCUGUGAUCAAUGUGGGAAGAGUUUUACUACAUCUAGCUAUCUGAUUGUACACCAGAGAACACACACAGGAGAGAAACCUUAUAGCUGUGGUCAAUGUGGGAAGAGUUUUGGUCAAUCUAGCUAUCUGACAGUGCACCAGAGAAUACACACAGGAGAGAAACCCUACAGCUGUGAUCAAUGUGGGAAGAGUUUUACUGAUUCUAGCAAUCUGACUCUACACCAGAGAACACACACAGGAGAGAAACCUUAUAGCUGUGGUCAAUGUGGGAAGAGUUUUGGUCAAUCUAGCGAUCUUACAGUGCACCAGAGAAUACACACAGGAGAGAAACCCUAUAGCUGUGAUCAAUGUGGGAAGAGUUUUACUGCAUCUAGCAAUCUGACUCUACACCAGAGAACACACACAGGAGAGAAACCCUAUACCUGUGAUCAAUGUAGGAAGAGUUUUGGUCAAUCUAGCGAUCUGACAGUGCACCAAAGAACACACACAGGAGAGAAGCCUUAUAGCUGUGAUCAAUGUGGGAAGAGUUUUGUUCGAUCUGGGCAGCUGACUCGACACCAGAUAACACACACAGGAGAGAAAUAUCAUAGCUGUGAGUAGAGAUAAUCUGAUAAAAGUACAUACAUGAAGGAGAUGUUUCAUGAUAUCAAUGAAUUAAUGUCACAAUGUAGAAUGUUUUAACAUUGUAGAAGGAGUAUUUUAAUGAUGUCACAAUGUAGAACCUUAAAAGUUUGCCCCCUGUUCUAUUGAUUUACAAUGACCCGAUCAAGAUCCACACAGAAAUGGUUCUGUGACAACAAAAUCUCCAGUCGCAUCUCAGUCGCCGGACCUCAAUCCAAUCGAAAACCUGAGUGGAAGAGGGCAGUUGAUAAGCGCUAACCCGGGAAUGUGAAGGAUCUUGAAAGGAUCUGCAUAGAAGAAUGGUCCAAAAUCCCUCCAAAUGUGUUCCUUAACCUUGUCAAACAUUACAGGAAAAGACUAUGCUGUUAUCUUUGCCGGAGGUGGUUGCACUAAGUACUAAAUGAGGAGUGCCAAUAAUUAUGAAACCUUGAUUUUGGUUAAAUGUAUUUUGUAUUAAAUAAUUGAAUGAUUUUGGUUGGUUCCAUUGAAACAUUAAUAAAGUACAAUAUUUCUCA